UGGCACAAGAAGAAGAACAGCAAAGAUGGCGGCGCACGGUACAGUGCGGUGCUUAUUCCGUGGCUGUUUUGGGGUGAAACAUGUUCAGAGAAGCAAAAGCUUCUUGGUUAAAUGUAACAGCAGGACUUUCUGCAGCGGCGGUCAAGAAAAUGUCCAAAACAAUAAAAAACCCCAGUUCACAGAUCCAGUUGUGCAGGACAUCCUCAGCAGGAUAACAGGUCUGGACCUGCACAAAGUGUUCCAUCCCGUUAAACAGGAGCUGAAGCCACCUACUUAUAAACUCAUGACAGACGAGCAAUUACAGCAGGCAGUGAAGUCAGCUGAAGAGAAGGCCAAGAAGCUGCUACGAAUGCCACCUGUUUUACCGGAGAGAAAGCCAAUCAGUGAUGUACUGUCUGUGGACAGGGUCCUGGAUGGCAUGGACACAGCCAAAUAUGUCUUUACGGACAUAACCUACAACAUUCCACAGAGAGAAAGGUUCAUUAUUGUCAGGGAGACUAACGGGACUCUAAGGAAAGCAACGUGGGAGGAAAGAGACCGCCUUAUUCAGGUGUACUUCCCGAAAGAUGGACGCAAAAUUACCAUACCUCUCCUGUUUAAGGAGGAGAACCUAAAGAUGGUGUUCUCUCAGGACCGACACAAGGAUGUGUUGGACCUGUGCCUGGUCCAAUUUGAACCUGACUCAUCACAGUACAUCAAGGUGCACGCUGCCACCUAUGAGGAUCUGGACAAACAUGGGAAAUAUGAGCUGCUUCGCUCCACCAGGCACUUUGGAGGCAUGGCCUGGCACCUGAUCAAUGCACGCAGGAUCGAUGGCCUCAUCGUGGACAUGCUGAAAAAGGAGUUGGUGCAGGAUGCAGUGAGCCUUGUAUCUCUCUUCCACCUCGUACACCCUCACAGCGAGUCAGCCCAGGAAGCCUCCAGGCAGCAGGCCACGGGCACUGACCUCCUCACGAUCUACUCCCAGAACGAGUCCCAGAGGUCAGGCUACAUUGAGCUAGCCCUGCAGGCAUAUCAGGCUGUGGGUAAGAGCGCUUCUGCUUGACUGGCCUACUCCCACUCGGCAUUCUGCAAAUCCACAAAGAAAGAUAAUCAAAACCUGAAGGACAGGAAACAGAGGUUCAACUUUGAUAGAUCCUGUGUUGUUGCUGAGUUGUUUUAAGGAGACGCAGUACAUUGUAUCCCAUUGUGUUUGAAGUUUGCAUCCUGAAACUGUCUUUGUAAAUGUGAUGGGAUAAGUGUUUUCCCAAUCAUUAUGUUGGGGGGGUGGGUAAUAUGUAUUUGCAAUGUUUGUCGAGACAGAAGGAUGCCACGAGAGUAGACAAACCUCUGCAAUCGGCUGCAAGGAGAUCUUGAAGCCUGCAUAUGGAUCUUGAUAAUUACGUCAGAUGUUUGACUUCCCCUAUUCUUAGUCAUAUUUCAUCAUACACCAAACAGUCGAAUGCUUUUGAACACAAACGCAUGCUGUAUCCACACAGUACAGUCUAGUACUAGCACUCAAAUAAAAUCAAUAAUUCUUUA